UACACACAAACACACACACACACACACAUAACUUUACAGCGAGUGAGCACCCUUUAAACAGAGCAGUGCCAUACCUCCCGGGAAGAAGGCUAUGCCCGUUUAGGAGGAAGGGAAAUGAAGAGGAGACUACAGAAGAAAUACCUGAUUAUAAUAUUAGGCUAUUCUGUAGUGCUCUUGUUGAUUCCGUAUGUGUUGGAUUAUGGGGGCAAAUCCGUGCAUGUUAAACAUGGACAGCAGCAGCCCAAAUGCCCCGAUUUGGAGAGCACAAUGGCACUGUGGAAUAACGGUGACAAGUUCAACACCAGCGACACGGUGGAGUACGACAGUGUCAACAGGAGCCGGUCUCGGAUACACAUCUACCUGCAUGCCACCUGGAGGACGGGCUCCUCUUUCUUGGGAGAAUUGUUCAAUCAGCACCCCGACGUUUUCUAUCUGUACGAGCCCAUGUGGCACAUAUGGCAAGCCCUCUAUCCGGGCGACGCGGGGAGCCUCCAGGGAGCCGUGCGGGACAUGUUGAACUCUCUGUACCGGUGCGACUUCUCCGUCCUGAAACUUUACGCCAGCUCGCAGAACAUUAGCACGUCGUUCAUAUUCGGCUGGAAGAUGAACAAGGUGAUAUGCUCGGAGCCGCUGUGCGACGCGCACAGGAGACACGAAAUCGGACUGGUGAGAGAGGACCUGUGCGGGAAGUGCCGGAAGCGAGACGUCCGAGAGCUGGAGAGGGAGUGCAAGAAGUACCCCGUCAUGGUAAUCAAAGGCGUCCGUGUGCUGGACCUCGGCGUCCUUGUUCCUCUGAUGAGGGAUCCCGCGUUAAACCUGCAGGUCGUCCAGCUCUUCAGAGACCCGCGGGCCGUGCACAACUCCCGCCUGAAGUCGAAACAAGCCCUGGUCAAGGAGAGCAUUCAGGUACUGAGGAGCAAGAAGCAGACCGACAAAUACAAACGACUGCUGGCCCCCAACAACCGGGCGAACCGUGCCGAAAACUACGUGGCGACUGCGAUGGAGCUGAUCUGCGAUAACUGGCUGAACGACAUCACGCUGAUUCUGAAUGCACCCGCUUGGCUGAGGAGGAAUUACCUCCAGCUCCGCUACGAGGACCUGGUCCUGCGCCCCAUGGAGGAGCUGCAGAGGCUCUAUCGUUUCGCGAAUCUUUCCACUUUCCCCGAACUGGACAGAUUUGUGCUAAACAUGACGCAUGGCCAGGGGUAUUCCUCGGACAAGCCUUUCCUCAUAUCGUCGAGGGACGCCAAAGAGGCUAUCUACGCCUGGAGGGAAAGACUGAACGUGGAGCAAAUAAGCCAAGUGGAGGCCUACUGCAGUGAGGUGAUGAGGCAGCUGGGCUAUCACAAGAACAGCGUCGAUAAAACAUAGCCGUGCUGAAGCAGGAGCAAUUUGAGGAUUAAGGGGCCUGGCAUUCAGGGCUAAGGGCAACAGAUGGAAUAACAAUAAAAUGUGUUGGAAUCUGGUCCACUGGGAAUUCGCAAGCAUGACCGUUGGGUUGUUUCCCCUCAGCAAAGCCUGGUCGAUGAACUGGCGAAAAUUCACGUGGAGAGAGCCAAUAUUUGGAAAGAUGCAUUUGAAAUGGGGAAACCAUCAGCAACUGCAUUCUUGUCAGAAUGGCCGACCGGUAAAGUUGCUGGAUACAGAGAGUAAACAGGAAGGAUAAAGGUAAACAAGAAGAAAAUGAUCAGGUUCAUUCGUGCCGUCAUUCCACCUGGCCAGGCCCGAUCCCUCUGUCCUUUCAUCAGCACUAAUCCCUCCUCAAUCCCCUACAGGCAAGGGCCACAAUAAGCCUGAGACUGGUCUUGCUCGGAAGGCUGCUGCCAAGAUCCAGACCAGAGCACUGGUCGCAUCGAGUUCAGCCUGACCUAUGAACUCUGAAAAGGAAGCUAUCCGUCCAGCCAAUGUCCAAGUGUGGCUGUAAUCUUGAGCACUACCGAUACCCAACUGUGGUUGGCUCACUAACAACGCUCACUAACAAGAGCUUUGAAAAGAGGAACUGCUUUGUGAGACGAUGCCUGACUAGAGAACUAUUGUGCCCCAACCCACCGACUUCUCAGGAAUCCAGAAAGCUCAACUGCUCCCUCAUAACUGACCAAACACUCAUGCUAGUUUGAAGUUAUCUAACAUUUCAAGGAUGAGGCUGAGAGAACCGCCUUCUCUCCGGCAGUUUUCGCACUCAAACUGAUACCGAUGAAUCUAAAACACUAUUCCCACAGCACAGGUUAUUUUCAGUACUCUCCAAAAUGUCACUCACUCUGUCACCGUCAUGUCACAUCCCUCAAGACUGUGUUUAAGACGUAAAAUGAUAACAGCAUUUACAAAACAGCUUUUUAAGUUGACUGAAGCUAUUGUCUUGUCAAAGAAAGUGAAAAAAAAACCCUCAGCCAAAAUAAACUAACUUUAGUGAAAA